AUGACUCCUUUACGCAGUCUUUGCUGUGAAGCUUCUUCAAUCUGGACUCUGUCUACAGAUCAGGAUUGCGGCAAACUCAAGAAGCAGAUAUCACACCUCACUUUCGUCCAAGUUGGCACUGCUGCUGCUACAUCUUUUAGCUUUAUCGAGGACGCGUUCAGUUCAUGGGACGGCAUGAGCGGAGGAAAUGUUAUUGGACCAAUUUAUCUUGGAAUUCUCGCCCUUGGAUGGUGCUAUGUACUAUCUGCACAGCUUGUUGAGAUGCGAGGUGAAGGCUCUUCUAUGCAGUACUCUCUCUACCAGACAGGAUACAGCAAUGAGAGUUUACCCGAUUCCUCACAAGUCCACGUCAUCGAUGUUGGGGAGGUGGACGCGAGCGUAGCUCGCUGGUGGUCUGCACUACUCGCACCGAAUGAAGGAUGGAAAGCUACCGUGAAGCAAACGCCCCAAGGGGAGUUCCUAGCCCCGUGGUCAGUUUCCCGUGCCUGCGAAACGCAUUUCUCGAUUAAACAUAAGGGGACCCUCUCUCCAGACCCUGACCCAACGCCCUUAUCUUCAGAGAGAGCAUUUGAGGCACUUGUUGAAUUCGCACGUCUGCAUGAAUUGCAAAGCCAGUCCCCCAUUGCUCUUACGAUGGCUCUGACAAUCCCCGCACAUAAGUAUUAUAGGUUUUCUGCCAAACUGCCUCUUCCCCGGGCUACUGGUUUUAAAUCAAUCACUACACCUAGCGAUGCUGAAUGGAUGAACUUGAAAGAAGACGUGCCCUACUACAUGACCCUGAGUUGCAGCCCGGAAGUAAUGAUGUCAACCUUUUGUGGAGCAUUCUGGGAGCAAGAUGUCCCCUGCAAUCUUGUCAGCCCAUGGUUGCACCCGAUCAUCAAUGAAGUCCUAGGUGCUUUACCAGAAGAUGGACUAGAAGUCCUUGCAUUCAUAGGUACAAUCUGCCAGCCACGUUUCAGCGCAUUCUGGAUCGGGGUUAUCGCCAGCGGCCUAGGCCCAGAAAUUCUCCACAGAGUAAGAGGAGGCCAUCCACCUCUUGACCGGGUCGCCUUUCCCUGGACGGGGUGUCCACAGAGCUUCAUGGACAUUGCAGGAUCAGGCCCAUACACUUGUAAAGAUCCGAAUUACAUCUUGAGAGAAGAUGUCUGGCGAUUAACGAAUUAUCCUUCAACCGACGGGGACAAUGAGAGCUAUCAACAUGGACCUAGAGUACCUUGGGCGCCGUGCGGAGCAUCUCUCACAAAGGACUGUGCUCUCUAUGUCACUGCACACUUGGACUGUCCCAGGCAUGGAUAUGAGUAUGACCAUUGGGUGUGGUACUUGCCGGGUGGUACUAUAAUACAGGACCGAGGUUUCUCGGAACGAAUAACGCCAGCUGUAUCAGAGAGUCAUUUCGACAAUAUCCAUUUAAAGACACGUAGGGAGUUUGAACGAACACAGCUUGAUCAGGAAGCUUCCAGAGAAGCAUCAGGGCAAGUGUUCUUAUGGUUCUUUUUCGGUGGAGAAGGCUUACCCUCGGAGAGAAUUUAUCAGGAGGAAUGGCUCAAGGAGAUCUGGGAAAACAACAUGAGUGAGUUUGGUGGCGGCGAGUUUGAUGAUGGAGAAGUACCGGAACCGGUCGUCAAAUUUGGGGAGUUUGUUGAUUCAUGGCUGGAUACUGUUAGUUGA